AACAGGCCAAACAAUGGCGUAACGCUAAGGAAGCACCCACCACCGCCACCCUUCUCUCUCUCAAUCUGCUACACCACACAUUUCCCAGCAGGCGCAAACCAUAAAGGGAACAAUGACACCUGCUCCAAUUGUUGAGUCCAUCGAGCCUGAGAAGGAGAGCCACCAACUCUCUUCUGCAGCCGAAUUAGAGAAGAAACUUGAGUGCGAUGACAAGCCGAUUGUCGAAGAUGUGGAGGAUGACGAAGAUGAUGAAGAUAACGAUGAGGAUGAUGAUGAGGAGGGAAAGGAGAACGGGGCUCUUGGCCUCGGUUCGAAUGAGAGUUCAAAGCAGAGCAGGAGUGAAAAGAAGAGUCGCAAGGCUAUGCUGAAGCUGGGCAUGAAACCAGUUACUGGGGUCAGCAGAGUCACCAUCAAAAGAACAAAAAACAUAUUGUUUUUCAUAUCGAAACCGGACGUGUUCAAAAGUCCAAACUCCGAGACGUAUGUGAUAUUCGGAGAGGCGAAGAUAGAGGAUUUGAGUUCUCAGUUGCAGACACAAGCUGCGCAGCAAUUCAAGAUGCCAGACAUGGGACAUGUGAUGGGGAAAUCAGACAUUUCUGGUGGCGCUGCAGCUGGAGGAGCACUGGCGGAGGAGGAGGAAGAGGAAGAGGUUGAUGAAUCUGGGGUUGAGCCCAGAGACAUAGAUUUGGUGAUGACACAGGCUGGGGUGUCGAGAAGCAAGGCCGUGAAGGCCCUCAAGACUCACGAUGGGGAUAUUGUAAGUGCCAUAAUGGAGCUCACAACUUGAGUGCGCUACGGCCUUUGGCUCUCAGUUUUGCUUUGUUUUGCUUUGAUUUGAUGAUGAGUUCCUUCCAAUUGUUAAUUUUCUUGCUGCCGUGUGGUUGGCUAAAGAGUUAUUAUGAGAAGCCAUCUUUUGUUACCCUUUUUUGCCUUGUUCUUCACAGAAUUCUACAGAACUACCUGGACACCCAAUUCCAUGGAUU